ACAAUUUCGUCAACCACUCAACCUGUAAAAAAUGUAUAAAGUGAAAAGAUAAUAAUUAUUAAAAUGGUGUUCUUCAAUGUUUGGUCAGUACUACAAUGGUAUUUGAGACCUCUUAUUAAAUGGUUUCUGAGGAAAACAACAAGACUAUGUGAGUUACAAAGGAUAUGUUAUGGCGAUAAACCUGGCGCGGAACGGUCGUGCAAUGUAGAAAGAUCUCUGAUGCUAUCACGUACUGAAGACGUAAAGCAAGUAGUUUCAUAUUUAGAUACAGUAGUAUAUGAGCGACGGUUUGUUCCUUCUAACUUUCCCGAAAUAUUAAAUCCAUCUGUGGCUAUCAUUCUCAGAGCAAAAAAAAUAAAUCCAAAACUACACGAUUUGUUCAUUUUAUCAUUUCGGAGAUGCCUGGAACAAAUUUGGAGUUACAGAAUGUUAGUUCAGGAAGUAGAAGAAGUGCGCAAGACUCCCUAUGAAUGUACAAUGCCUGAUCAUGAAGAGAAACUAUUGAAACUUUGGAGUUUAUUAGUACCCAAUGAAGAUCUAGAGAGUAGAGUGACUAAGCAGUGGCAGUACAUAGGAUUUCAGGGUGAUGAUCCCAAGACUGAUUUCCGUGGCAUGGGUUUGCUUGGAUUGGAAAACUUGUUGUUUUUUGCUUCAGAGUAUCCACAAGCUGCAAGCCAUGUUCUGAGCCAUUCACAUCAUCCGAAAUAUGGCUACACCUUUGCAAUAGUAGGCAUUAACCUAACUUCCAUGGCAUAUUAUUUGCUGAGGGAUGGCUCCGCUAAAACUUACAUGUUUAAUGCUAAACAGUACUUACCCAAUAUGAAUUUGUUCCACAGAUUUUACUGCUACCUUUUCUAUGAAUUUGACAGAAUGUGGAUAGAAUCAAAACCGGAAAAUAUGAUGGAAUUUUCAAUAAUAUUCAAAAGGUUUGAAGAUGCCGUCAGAACUGAGUUAGCUGAUCCAGCCUCAGUAUUUAGAAUUAACAUAGAAGUUGAUACAAUAUAACAAUGACCUGUUGCUAGUCUAAUUUUUUAUACUAAUUUUUUUGAAGAAUGUUUAAUCUCUAUUUAUUUUCACCUGUUCUAUGUUCGAGUGGUGUGAUGUUGCGUGCAAGUUCUUGCCACAUUGCCUUGAUAAAGCAAUUUAUUUGAUCUGUCCAGUAUUUACAUAAAA